ACUGAGAGAACACUGCGUGAGGUUUAUCCAGUCCGUACCGUCAGAUGACAGGUCUGGCUGCACUCUCACACAGUGAAAGGUGCCCCGCAUAUCUUGCAUUUUUGUCAGCUGACGCUCUGUUUAAAAUAAAUUUUAAAAAAAACUACAUAAAAGACGGAGCAAAGUAACUGAGGCAAUUAAUCUGUCCGAUGGAAAUGUUCAGCAGCAUCUUAUUUUCCAGAAGCACCCAGUUCAGCUUUGGCGAUCCCAGACAUGAGCUGGUAUUUUCAGCUCUUUCGCUUUCUCCAUCUCGGUGGCACGGUGCUUCUGAUGAUAGCGGCGAGGAGUCAUACACCUAAUUGAGGGUUAGCUGUAUCCUGCCAUCAUUCUCACAUGCUAAAGAAAAAAAAAAUCUAUUUCAUCCAGCUGUCAGCAGGAGCGUCUAUCUUUAGGAGGGAGGAGCGACAAAUGCCCCCAUAUAACCGUAAACAUAAUACAAAUCUUUGUUUCACUAACACACUGUAUUGGAGAGAUUGGCAACAUUCUGUCUGGUGAAGAAAGAAUUUGGACCUUUGUAUGUUUUUAAACCUGACAUUCUGCACUGGAUCACUUUUUUGCAAGGAACGGAUCUUUAUCCACAUCGUAUUGGGAUAAAGGGAAAAUAAAAAAGGAAGACUUGUUAUGUUUUGAAGAAACAGUGACUUUCUUUCCCUCUGUCUUACUUGUGAUUAACUACAGCGAGACGCAGACGGCAACUAAGCCUGGCAAAGAAUAUUGGCUAGGGUAUUGUAUUUAUAGAAGUUUGAUGGUUUCCGCUGCUGCGUGGUUAAGGAUUUGGAAAAGGGUGUAAAGCUAUGCCGAGAAGAAGACAGGUUUUAAUUGAUGAAUGUUUGGUAUAGAGAAGGUCCUAGUGCACGUUGUUUGCACAGAGCGUUCAAUUUCAAACAGAUUGGUCUUACAGGUGUGUUUGUGGGAUCAGAAGGCAAAUUGGAACAUUUGGAGUUACGGUGAUUCACGUGGGACAUUUAAGCCUGAGUAGAGCUUUUAACAAUGGGCUGCUGCAGUGGAAGAUGCACACUUGUCUUUAUAUGUGGAAUGCAACUGGUCUGCAUAUUGGAGCGCCAAAUAUUUGACUUCCUUGGUUACCAGUGGGCACCAAUCCUUAUAAACUUUGUGCAUAUUAUUACAGUGAUACUUGGUGUCUUUGGAACAGCCCAGUUCAGACCAAGAUAUGUAACCGGGUAUGCAGUCUGGCUGGUCCUCUGGGUCGCAUGGAAUGUGUUUGUUAUCUGCUUCUACUUGGAGGUCGGAGACCUUUCAAAGGAUACAGACCUAAUUAUGACAUUCAACAUGUCCAUGCAUCGUUCUUGGUGGAUGGAAAAUGGACCCGGGUGCAUGGUGACUCCAGUGACCCCAGCUCCUGACUGGGCACCAGAGGACCAUCGCUACAUUAGUAUCUCGGGAUGCUUGUUGGAGUACCAAUAUAUAGAAGUAGCUCACAGUACACUUCAAAUUAUCCUUGCACUUGCUGGAUUUAUCUAUGCCUGUUAUGUUGUGAAAUUAAUUACUGAAGAAGAAGAUAGCUUUGAUUUUAUAGGAGGGUUUGAUUCUUACGGUUAUCAGGGCCCACAGAAGACCUCGCAUUUGCAACUACAGCCUAUGUAUAUGUCAAAGUAACCCAAGUGGCUGCCUUAAGAAAAGAAUCAAAGAAUAGUGACCUUCUGUGUUUAGCUUAUAUGUCUUAAAAAAAUGCUACAGUGUCUUAAAAACUGAUUUAAAGAAAGAAAAAAAGAUCCUGUGGUUUAACCUCAAUGACUAAAAAAAAUGCACUGGACUGUACAGAACAAAUCAAGUAGCAAGUUAAACCAGAUGGACUUGAGAGGAUCCAGCAGAACAGUGCCCUCUGGAGGCAUGGUCCUUGCUGUUACCUGUAUCUCCAGUCUGUCAGUUGCUGCUCUCAAUCAAAUAACUUUAAGGUUAUUAACAAUAUUGAUUUUAUAAAGUAAAGAAUCUGUUUUUUUGUUGUUGUUGUAGCUUGAGUAAUACUCUAAGUGCCAAGAUUUAUUAAUAGUUAGAAGAUUGAUGAAUGUCCUUUAGGCAGAAAUAUUCUUGGUUUAAACUAUAACCUGUCACUUUUACUAAACCAAAAAGGUUUUCAAGGUGAAGUUCAAUGGCAACAGACAAGUCCACACUGAUUAAUUGAUUUUACGAGUGCAGCUUUCAACGUACAUUUAGCUGUUGGAAGAACAUUUUAUUUUUUUGCAGUGGCCAAAACAAUAUUUUGCCUAGGCUGAAAAUAAAUUAUGUAAAGCCUUAACAGCACAUACAACUUCAGAAGCAAACCUGAUAUAAAUUAGCAAGGAAAACAUGGGUGAGUCACAGUUUCUCUGUAUUGGGUAAUGCACAUCAUUAUGUGGUGUGAUAAAUGAGUGCACAGACAUGACUGGUGGAUUGACUGAGAAAAAAAAGAAUUGAUAUUAACUUUGGCCAACUUUAACAUAUGUAACAGUGUUUACUCUUUUAUAGUUAAUUCAUAAGUUUAUUAUACUGUGUAAAUGAGUCGUUUUUCUUAAAGCUGUGAAAAAAAAUGUAUUGGUGGUUUCCUGAUAAUACAGUGUUAAGAGGGGAAGUAGUGUGUGAUUGAGUGUACAUUUUAUCUUCCAUGUGCUGUAGCUGAAAACUGUGCUUUGUGUAGUGGGUGGCACGAAACCAUGAAGAACUGAAGAGUAGCAAUUUGUGCUUGUGUUCUCCUCCAGGGAUCUCUUUCCGUGUGUGAAAGGGUUUGUAAAGGAAGGCUUACACUGCAAUCGUCUUCUGCAGCUGUGUCCAUUUAGGGUGGACAGUCUGAAAAUGCAAAUGCUUUCAGGUUGAACAUGUGGAACUACCCCAGUAAUGCUCCAACCUGUUUCUAAUAGUAAACCUGGAACUGAAGUGACAUUUAAAAAGGAAUUCAAUCUGUAAUGGAGUACCGGAAGUGAGAAAUAAAACAAAAAGGCUGCAGUCUCAGUAAACCUAAUUUCAAAUAAAUUCUCCUCAAAAUAAACUUUGGAAGAGAAGCUGCAUAAAGAAUGAUGUUCAAUACAUAGUAGUGGAUCAUUGUGUUUUUAAAAGACUGACCAUUUAGGGGCAUGUCAUGCAAAAAUAUGUCAGCCCAAAAGCCUUGUUGACCUUUUACAUUCAGUGUUGCUGAACUUCUUGUAUUGAAUGUAAUCUGUUUUGCGCAAAACCUCCAUAAUUAAGCUUCAAGUUGGCCAGGUCCCUGUUCACAAUCACGUUCCUAUUGUAUUUCACUGUUGUUAUCUGAAUUCUGGCAUCCAAUUUUUACAGCCCUGUCAUCAUUAAAAUGUUCUCUAAACAUAAAUCUGAAGCCUGCAGAUGAUGUUUAUUUCCUUAUGUAAGCCCUACUGACUUUAUUUAAAAAAAAAAAAAAAAAAAAAAAAAAAAACAUUAUUUAGACUAGAAGCCAUGAGUUUAUCCAGGACAAGUCCAAGAUUUUAAGGAAAUGUUUGUAAAUGCUGUACUCAACAUUCCAAAACAAUAAAAGAGAGUGCCAUAUACAAAAAAAAACUGCAUAUACUAUAUAAAUCACUCAUUCGUGUAUGUUGAGUAUAAUUUACUCAGUCUUUUUAUAUGUACUGUAUAUAAAACUAUGUAUGCACUAACCUCAAUGGAAAUAUACAUAUAGUUCAGGCAUGCAGUUAUCCCCUUAGGUUUGUAAGCUAUGAAAAAUAAGUUAUCAGGAGCUUCAGCAAGUCACUGUUUGCUAUUGAAUGUCCCGCACCCAUUAUAUUCAGUGGUGGUAUCACUACAGUAUGUAAAUAAACUAUUCCAAACCAAUUCUGAUAUUUUGGAUUUAUUCUAGAAUUUAAUUUGAAAUCCCAAAUAGGGAAUUUUUUACAUAAAUGUAGUGCAUACAAUAUUUAUUCAAAUACACUUCAAGCGUAUACAGUGAAAACAAAAACUUCUUGACCUUCAAAAGAACGACAGUUGUUUUGCUCUGGUUUGGCACUAACUUCUAUUUUUAAUUAGUUUUAGCUAUUUUUCUAUUUCUGUUACAUUUUAAAACUACUGUAAAUCUAAUAAAUUCAGUUUGUGAAAGGU